AUGGAGACCCUACUACUGACUCUGCUGGGACUGCAGACAGUGAUGGGAAUGGGACAUUGGUGUGAACACACGGUGGAGGAGAGAGUGGAGCGGGUCCUUUCCCCACGGCUGCAGCUCGAAGUGAGCUGCUCGGAGGUGUAUCAGUACAACACCCAGGACUGGAGGCUGGAUGUGGAAAGGAUGCGCGUCAAACACGGGGGUGACGACGGCAUCGCACUCUACUACAAACAACAGGGGCCAAAGGCAUCCUGUUUCUUGUACAAACCCCCAGAGAUGGAGAACCAGAUGGUGAACAAGACAGUGAAGGCCUGCUGUGAGGGCUGGGGUGGACCACGCUGCUCUGAGGGUGUGGGUGUGCGUGGCCAGUGUUUCUCUACGUGGAGUUGUGAGGAGUUCCCUGGAGUUCACAACUCCUCUCUCAUGGCCAUGGAGCAGUGCUGCAGCAGUCUGUGGGGGCUGAGCUGGAGGAAUGCCUCCGACCAGACAUGCUUGUCUUGCACCUACACUCUUCUUCCUGGUCAGAGAGCAUCCAUGCACAUCUGCACACAAAUGCACAUACCUGUUUUGGAUGUUGUUCAGGCAGUCAUUUGA